CCGCCCCACCUCCUCAGCUUCCCUGGGCGCUGGCUGCGCUCAGCUCUGAGCUGUAGCCUUCGGAGCCCGAGCGGCUGAGGCGGGAGCCCUGGGCCGCGGGGCGCACCGGGCGCUGACGCUGGCGAUGCUGCUGCUGCUGCUGCUGCUGGCGGGGCCCGGGCUGUCGGCCGCCGCCCCCGGGGCUCCGCCGCUCUUCAACUUGAGCUUGGACGCUGCCCCCGAGCUGCGCUGGCUGCCGAUGCUGCGCCACUACGACCCGGCCUUCUUGCGCGCCGCGGUGGCGCAGGUCAUCGGCAAUAGAGUCCCCCAGUGGGUCCUCGAGUUGAUCGGAAAGGUGGUGACGGAGGUGGAGAGCUUUCUGCCCCAGCCCUUCACCGAUGAGAUCCGCGGCAUGUGCGACUUCCUGAACAUCAGCCUGGUGGAUGGUAUCUUGGUCAACCUGGCCUAUGAGUCCUCCGCGUUCUGCACCAGCAUUGUGGCCCAAGACUCCAGGGGCCACAUUUACCAUGGUCGGAAUCUGGACUAUCCUUUUGGAAAUAUCUUACGCAAGCUGACGGUGGAUGUACAGUUCCUAAAGAAUGGACAGAUUUCAUUCACAGGAACCACUUUCAUUGGCUAUGUAGGAUUAUGGACUGGGCAGAGUCCCCACAAGUUUACAGUGUCUGGUGAUGAACGAGAUAAAGGCUGGUGGUGGGAGAAUGCCAUCGCUGCCCUUUCUCAGGGACACUUUCUGAUCAGCUGGCUUGUCCGCAAGACCUUGAGUGACUCAGAAGACUUUGAAGCAGCUGUUUACAAACUGGCCAAGACUCCCCUCAUUGCUGAUGUUUAUUAUAUUGUUGGUGGUACAGCACCCCAGGAGGGAGUUGUCAUCACCAGGAACAGAGGUGGCCCAGCAGAUAUCUGGCCUCUUGAUCCCUUGAAUGGAGCGUGGUUCCGAGUUGAGACAAAUUAUGACCACUGGAAGCCAGUACCCAAGAGGGAUGACCGAAGAACACCUGCCAUCAAAGCCCUAAACACCACAGGGCAGGCAAACCUCAGCCUGGAGGCCCUUUUCCAGGUUUUAUCAGUGGUUCCUGUUUAUAAUAACUACACAAUUUAUACUACAGUGAUGAGCGCUGCUGACCCUGACAAGUACAUGACUAGGAUCAGAAACCUGAGCUGAAGAUGACCUUUUAAAUGAAAUUGUUGAGGAGCUGCACUUAAAAAAAAAAACUAAGUGAAAGUAUUGUAUUGUUUUCUGCACAGUACAGACUCCUUCCUCAUUCAGCUUUUCAGUCUUGUGGAUUUGGAUGAAGUGGGGAGAAGCUGUUGUCUUGCACCCUUCUGGUCCGUUUGAUCCUUAUUAAGAAUCCACCCUGGCUUGAACAACACAAAGAUAAUUGGUCAGAGGUCAGGCUGUAUUCCUGGACUUUAUUCUCAGUUUCUAGUGAUUUAUUGUUCAUUCUUCUGCUUUUCCAUUGCAAAGACAACUCAGUGGUUAAGGACACUGGCUAUUCCUGCAGAGGACUUAGAUUCAGUUCUUAGAACCAACACUGUGGCUCAAACCAUCUGUAACUUCCACUCUAGGGGACCUGCCACCCUCUACUGGUCUCUGAGGGCAUUGCACUCAAUACAUUUACAUUCAAGCAGGCAAACACACACAUAAAAUAAAAAUAAAUAAAUUAAAUUUUAAAGUUUCUUCUAAGCCUAGGGGUGUAGCUCAGUGUCAGAGAACUUGCUCAGCAAGUAUGAGGCCCCAGGUUCUGUCCCUAGCACCCGCCCCCCCCCCACA